ACAGAUUCUGGAUUAGGGGGAAUCAUUGCAUCAGUUUCAAUGCGGACUCUUGAAUCCUGCACAGUUAAAUAUCAGUUUGCAAAAGUGCUGGAUUCUGGUUUUUAUGCUAACCUCCCCACCCCUCUCCCCAGGUUCUCCGACGAGGCUGGCUAUGUCUUGUACCCCCAGAUCGGGGACCGGCUGGACCUGAUCUGCCCUGCCUCGGAGCCCCUGGGCCCCAGAUCCACAGAGGACUAUGAGUACUACAAGCUAUAUCUCGUGAACACUCGAGAGGAAGCAGCCCGCUGUGAGAUCGCUGGACCCCCAAACCUUCUCCUGACCUGCGACAAGCCCAGCAGUGACACGAGAUUCACCAUCAAGUUCCAGGAGUACAGCCCUAACCUGUGGGGACACGAAUUCAAGACGCACCAAGACUACUACAUCAUCGCCACCUCAGAUGGUUCUCGUCAGGGAUUGGAGAGCAUGAAAGGAGGGGCGUGUCUAAACAAGGGCAUGAAGGUGGUCCUCAAAGUCGGACAGAAUCCCAACGGUAACGGGCCUGACCCCCAGAAGCCGAACCCAGAUCUCUUGCCAGGACAGCCUCCAGCGCCAGACCCUAACCGAGUCCCGGGCAAAGACAAGGCCUCAGAUCCUUCAGGGAACUCAACGAAGCAGGGAGGCGGGGAAAACGGACCCUUCCCUCCUUCAAACAUUCCCAUCAUCGCCGGGGCGGCGGGAGGCUCCGCCUUCCUGCUCAUCAUCGCCAUCGUCAUCGCCGUGGUUUGCUACCGGAGACGCCAAUCGAAGCACUCGGACAGCCACCACCCGCCCCUCUCUCUCUCCACUCUGAGCAGCCCCAAAAGGGGCGGGAACAACAACGGUUCGGAACCCAGCGACAUCAUAAUCCCGCUACGGACUUCCGACAGCGCGUUCUGUCCCCACUACGAGAAAGUGAGCGGCGAUUAUGGCCACCCUGUUUAUAUCGUCCAGGAAAUGCCUCCUCAAAGCCCUGCAAAUAUUUAUUAUAAAGUCUGAAGACAGUUUGACACUGUGGGAUUUGUUGUUCUUUUUUUUUUUGUUUUUUUUUACGCUGUUAGUGGCGUUUUUUAUCGCCGCUGUUUCUACGUUGGUUUUCUUUCUGUUUUACGGAGAACUUAAGCGUCUUUUUUUGGUCUUAGAAUUUCGUGGUUUCUCUCCGUUGUUUCGAAGUAGGCAGUUUUAUUGCUUUUAGCUGGCCUCUUCCUAUAGAGGAACUUCUGCAGAGAACGAAAAAUGCCUGUGAAAAAGGAUUUUGUUUUUGAAGGUGGAACGCUGAAUUCUAAGUGCUUUUCAUCUUGGCUUGUGUCGACCAACUUCAGCCCCCUCAAUGCAAUCAAACAAGAUCUAAAAUUCGCUACAGCAGACAAAAGCCACCGCUGUUCGCCCCUGCAUUUUCAAUGGGAAAACAGCUGGGGGGGGGGAAGGUGCAUUUAAAAAAAAAUCAGAUUGUUGAUGAGAAUACAGAAUAUCUAGGAUCGUGGAUUCCGUUGUGUGGACCGACGGCAGAAUCAUCCUUGAAACAAGCUCUCCUCUUUCUGUUUGUGGAAUUCUAGAUAGCAGAACGACUCUAAUACAGUACGCGCCCCCCUCGGCGUAAACUCCAAUCCAAAGAAUAAGCAAAAAAAAAAAAAGUGGGGGUGGGGGGCAACUGUGUUUCGUCAACACUCUAAACUAGACUGGCCAAGUGCUGGAUAAGAAAGGGUUUAUCAGAGUGGAAACUUGGAUUCAGAACUGUACAGGUCAGUAACACAGCCCUCGUACCAGCAAUAAACCGUGUUUCCUGCACAACAAGACUGUCUCAAAGCAACGCUCCCCCAAAAACAGCGCCCCCUGGUGCAUCGGAGGUCUAACGACAACAUUUCCAGUUGAAGCCCCAGGUGGCGCCACCUAGAGUUCAAAUGAGCAGCCACUGAACGUUUUUUCAAAUGUCUUUUGGUACUUUUUACUGCUUUCAACGUCUCAACACAAGCCCCGUGACGACAUCAGACACUGGAGUGGAUGCAUUGUUAAUAUGGAUUUAUAUUCCUGUAAAUAUUAAUGUGGUCUCUCCCCCAUCGUUUCUGGUCAGUCCACGCUGUGUUGUGUUGUUGCUGAGGGAGGGUGUGUUUUGAAGGUGGUUCAUGGGUCAACGGGAACUGAAAUGCUGUCGGAUUCCUGGGCAGUGCCAGUGCUGUGGGUAACCUAGCGGGCGGAAGUGGGCAUAGCGUGAUGUGCCAACGCUGUUAACUGAGACAAGAGGCUGGUGUUUACACAGUAGUUGUUCGCCAAUACAGUCUCAAACGGGGACUGCUUAAGCAGUAACACCUUUUGUUUUUUUAUUCAAAACAUCAUCACCACCACCCUUCUCUCCUCUCACACCUUUCUCUCUCUCCUCUCU